AUGCCGCAAUCAGGCCGAAUCGAGCGAAUCGAGGUAUUCAACUUCAAAUCAUACAAAGGCGAGCAGACCAUCGGCCCAUUCCACAAGUUUAGCGCCGUAAUUGGUCCCAAUGGCGCCGGCAAAUCGAAUCUCAUGGACGCAGUGAGCUUCGUCCUCGGUGUGAAGACGAAGCAGCUGCGCGGCACGCGAUUGAGGGAUCUCGUGUAUCGCGUGGAGGGAGACCAGAUGGAGGGCACCGAAGAGGAGAGAGCGUGGGUGCAGCUGGUCUUCCUUCACGGGCCAGAGGGCGAGGAACGAGAGCUGGUCUUCCGGCGCGAAAUCACACCAGCCGGAAGCAGUGAAUAUUCAAUCAACGGCAAGGUGGUCUCCUGGGACGCCUACGAUGCCCGCCUUCAGAAAUUCGGCAUCCUCGUCAAGGCGCGCAACUUCCUCGUCUUCCAGGGAGACGUAGAAAGCAUUGCGUCUAAGUCGCCAAAGGAGCUGACCGCCCUGAUAGAGUCCAUCUCGGGCUCGGACCAGCUCAGCGAGGAGUACGACCGUCUCGCCGACGAUAAGAACAAGGCCGAGGAGAACACCAUCUUCAACUUUCAAAAGAGGAAGGGUAUCUCCGCCGAGAAGAAGCAGUACAAGGAGCAGAAGGAGGAAGCCGAGCGAUUCAAUGAGCUCGUCAAGACCCAGAGGGACGUUCUGCUGGAGUACAUGCUCUUCCAAUUCUUCCACAUCGAAAAGAACCUGAGCAAGGACAGGAAGCUCGUCGAGAACGGGAACAAGCAGCUCGAGGACCUCGACAAGUCGCGCGACGACGUCGAAAAGCGCUUCAAGAAGAUGAAGGCGCGCCAGGCCAAGUCCCACCAGAAGACCCUCGAUCUCGAGAAGCAGCUACGCCAAAAGGAGCGCGAGCUUCGCAAGAAGUCGCCCGACCUGAUCAAGAAUCAGGAGGAGAUCGCGCACAUCACGCAGCGCUUGGAAUCUUCCGUCAAGUCCGCCAAGAAGCAGCAGGCCGAUUUCGACGAGCAGCGCAACGAGAUCAACGCCCUCGAGACCGAGCUGGACGAGGUGCGCAAGAAGGCGAGCGACUUCGAGGCCCAGGUGCAGGAGCGGGAGGCGCAGGAGAAGCUCGUGCUCUCCGAGGAGCAGCAGGAGGAAUACAACAACAGGAAGCAGGAGGCCGGUCGGGAGACAGCGCCGAUCAAGCAGGAGCUGGAGGGCUUGAUCCGUCAGCAGCGGCUGGACUCCGAGAUGCGGGACACCAGCGAGGCCAAGCUCAGGGACCUGCAGGCGCGUAAGAAGCACCUCGCGGAGACCGAGGAGCAGUACGAGCGCCGGUACUCCAAGGUGCAGGAGUUCAUCGACCAGACCGAGGCGAAGAAGCGCGAGCUCGAGGAGGAGCUCGCCUCCGUCUCCGCCGCCAACAAGGCCGCCAGCGAGCAGCAGGAGAAGCUCAUGGCCCAGCUGGAGGACAUUCACGAACAGCUCAACGAGGCCAAGGUCGACAUCCGCUCCGAUCAAAGAGAGAUCCGCUUCCGGGAAGCCCUGGAGAGCAUGAAGCGCAUCUUCCCCGGCGUGAUCGGCCGCAUGGUCGAUCUUGUGGAGCCUCAGGCGCGUCAGUACCACGUCGCUGUGUCGGUGGUGCUGGGAAGGAAUAUGGAGGCCAUCGUGGUUGACGACGCCAAGACUGCCGAGGAGUGCAUCAACUAUCUGAAGGAGCAGCGCGUGGGUACGGCAACGUUCCUGCCGCUGAGCUCGCUCAAGGUGAAGCCCAUCCACGAGCGUCUGCGCAAUCAGCUGGCGACCAGCAAAUCGGCCAAGUUGAUCAUCGACCUCCUCAAGUUCGACAGUCGCAUCCAAAAGGCCGUGCUCUACGCCGUCGGCAACACGGUCUAUUGCGACACCCUUGACGAGGCCAAGACCCUCGCCUUCGACCGUGCCCAGCCGCUCAGGACCGUCUCCAAGAACGGCACGCUCAUCAGGAAGUCUGGUCUGAUGACCGGUGGCCCGGGCAUCGGUGCCAAGGCCAAGAAGUGGGACGAAAAGAAGGUCGAAGGCCUCAAGAAGAAGAGGGACAAGUACAUCACCGAGCUGCAGGAAGUGGGCCGCACGCUCCGUGGCGUGACGAGGGAGCAGCAGCUCACGUCCCAGACCCAGGGUCUCCAGGGCCGGCUGGACAACUUCAAGAUCGACUUGGGCCUCACCAAGGACAAGCUCACCCGCACCCGCGAGGAGCGCGAGUCCGUCGAAGCCGAGAUCGAGACGCUGGAGGAGCAGCUGGCACGGCUCACCAAGGCGAUCGAGGCCCGCGAGGCGACGAUCGCUGCGCAGACCGCGCGCAUCCACGAAAUCGAGGACGAGCAAUUCCGGGCGUUCAGCGAGCAAGUGGGCGUGACCAACAUCCGCGACUACGAAGAAAAGCGCGAGGCCUGGGAGAAGGAGAAGGCCGAGAAGCGCCUCAUGUUGGGCAAUCAGAUCUCUCUUCUCGAGAAUCAGCUCAAGUACGAACAGAACAGGGACGUGGAGACCAGUCUCAACAACCUCAAGCAGCGGAUCAAGGACGACAAGGCGGCGCUCAAGGAACUGGAGAAGAGCAUCAAGGUGCUGCAGAAGGAGGAGAACAAGGAGAAGAAGGAGACCGACGAGCUCAAGCGACAGCGAGACGAGGCCAAGAAGGAGGUGGAGAGCCUUGAAGGCGAGCUGCAGGACAUCAAGAAGAAACUCAACGGCCUCAUCGAGCAGGCCGGAAAGCAGCACAAGCACCUCACCGCCCUCGAAACGGAAAUGGACCAGCUGCGUAUGCGAAGGCACAACCUGUACCAGCGCUGCAAGGUCGACAACAUCGCCCUUCCCCAGCUGACCGAAGAAGGCGCCGAAGAGAUUCCGUCGCUCGGCGUUGAGUUCCCCAGCGAGGAGAUGGAGUUGGCGACUCAGGACGUUCGCGAGAUGACCGAAAAGGAGGACGACAUCAACUUGGACUUCUCCAAGCUCAGCAAGAAGCUCCAGACUAUCCCCAAGGACGAGGAGGGGCGCGUGAAGCAGGAGCUCGAGCAAAAGCUGCAGGGCAUCAAUCUGGCGAUGCAGAAGAUGGCGCCCAACCUGCGCGCUACGGACCACUUCAACGAGGUCGAAACGCGACUCCGCACCACCGAGGACGAGUUCGAGGAUGCCCGUACGCGCGCCAAGGAGGCCGCCGAACGAUUCGCCGCCAAGAAGCAGGAGAGAUACGACACGUUCAUGAAGGCGUACAACCACAUCGCCGAGAACAUCGACACGAUCUACAAGGCGCUGACCCGCAGCACGUCGCACGUGGGCGGCACGGCCUUCCUCAACCUGGAGAACCCGGACGAGCCCUACCUGCACGGCAUCAAGUACAACGCCAUGCCGCCCCUCAAGCGAUUCCGCGACAUCGAGCAGCUCUCCGGCGGCGAGCGAACCGUGGCCGCGCUCGCCCUUCUCUUUGCCAUUCACAGCUACCAGCCGUCGCCGUUCUUCGUGCUCGACGAGGUCGACGCGGCGCUGGACAACCACAACAUCGCCAAGGUGGUGCGCUACAUCCGGUCGCGAGUGGAGGACGACGAUCUGCAGUGCAUCGUCAUCUCGCUCAAGGACACCUUCUACUCGCGCGCCGACGCUCUCGUCGGCAUCUACCGAGAUCAGGACUUGGACUGCUCUGGCACGGUCACGCUGUCGCUGGAGGACUAUCCCGAUGGCAAGACCGACGAGACCUACUGA